GUGUCGAAAUAAAAGCAAAAAAAGUAAUUUCCAAGAGAAAUAAUAAAAGUGCUUGAAGCUCCCCGAGGAAUCGGAGACACCGCCGAUUCGCUUCCUUGCUUAAACUCGACUCUGGCGUUUUGGCGACAACUCAUAAGAACACAGCACUGUGUGUGUAGCAGUGUAGGAAAUGGAGUAUGAGAGGAUUCACAAAGUUCAGAUGGGAGUCAUUUCUCCCAGUAAGCUCAGGAUUAAAUUAUUAGGCACUCGCAGUGGUGCUCAAAAGAAGGAAGGAGGGAAUAGUCCGUCUAGAGCAUCUCCUUCCAAGCUUGAGGAAAUGGAGCACUCCAAAAGCAGCCUAUUAGCUGAAGAUUUUGAGGAAGAAGUUGGGUUUAAAGAGUCCAAGGGUGCUACUUCUCUGAGUGCUAUUGUAAACUCAGAAGUUCCAAGAUUGGAGUUGUCUGUCAAGAAUGUUCUUAGCUAUUCUCAGGGAGAUCAAACUCCAUCCUUUCGGAAGGAUUUUCUUUCCAAAGUCAAAGUUGAUAUCUGUUGCAAUAAGACUCGAGAUGCUGUUAAAUCUGAUCCUAUGUUGGCUGAUUCAACCAGCAAUUUGAACACAGUCCAUCCAGUGCAAAUACCAGAAGAUGGAAUAGCCCAUGAUGGUGUUAAUGACAAUGGUAGCGUUCGCAGUUUUGAGUUUCAUAAAGGGGACAGACUGCUGCAGCAGCAAGUGGCUAGCCCCUUGUUGAAGAAUCUUCCGUCGAAGUGGAAUGAUGCUGAGAGAUGGAUACUUCAUCGACAAAUUAUGCAUUUAAAGCCAAAUGUUCCAAAGAAGGUUGUUGGGCAAAACCUGGGGUGCCUGGAAGUUGUUUCCAAUAAGCUUGCACCAGAGUAUAGGAAUGUAGAAAGACAUUCUUUCUUACAGGAAGCAGAUUCAAAAUAUGGCAGCGUGAACAAAUCUGCAUCACAAACUGUGACCGAGAAGUUCUCUUUUACUCCUACUUCUUCACCAUCCAAUUUGAACUCCACAACUGGAGCAAGUGGGUUGACAGAUUUAUCUUCUGUUACCAGUUGCUAUAGCAAGCCCAAUGCCCCAGAAAACCCUACAACUAAUAUAUCUGGUACACCUGAUUUUCAGUCUGUUUCAAUGAGAGAUGUUGGAACAGAGAUGACACCCAUUCCAAGCCAGGACCCUUCGAGGACUGGAACACCUGUUGGUGCAACGACUCCCAUCAGAAGUCCACUUUCUUCAACUCCAUCAAGUCCAAAAAAAGAAACACCACCCUCGACCCCUGCUGGUUCAAAUACACAGGAUGAGUUAAAAAUGCAAAAGAAUGUCAGCAACAUAGAAUUGUCUGAUAAAGAUGUGCAAUUGAAAACAAGAAGAGAGAUAGCCGCCCUUGGAAUUCAACUUGGUAAGUUGAACAUUGCUUCCUGGGCUAGUAAAGAUGACAAAGAGCAUACUUCUUCCAGUCUAGACUCAGAAAGAAUAAAAAUAUCAGAAUUCGAAGCCCGUGCAGUUGCAUGGGAGGAAUCCCAAAAAUCUGUAUAUACUUUCAGGUAUAGUCGUGAAGAGGCUAAAAUACAAGCAUGGGAGGACCAUCAGAAAGCAAAAUAUGAAAUGAAACUGAGGAGAAUUGAGGCCCAAGCUGAAUGGAUGAAAGCUCAAGCACAAGGCAAGAUGGUUAAGAAACUUGCAGUGACACAUCGACGGGUAGAGCAGAAACAAGCACUUGCUGAAGCGAAGAGGAAGCGACAGGCUACCAGAACAGCUAAACAGGCAGAACAGAUUCGUCGAACCGGUCACAUAUCAAUGCUGCAUUUCUGGUGCUGUAGUUGGUUUUGCUAAUUUCUACUACUAUAGUUCUGAGCUAAGUUAUACAAAGUAUAGGAUUACUGCAUCGUCUUUCUCCUUGUAUCGCAUGCCUAAUCAUAUUCAACUUAUGGUCUGGUGUCAACUGCUUAUUGUCUCAAUGAAAUCAAGAAAACUUGUUUUCCACAUGGUUCUCCAAAGAUGCUCUUUAUUGUAUCUGUUGUAUAAUGGAAUAUGUUUUUGGUUGAUAGUCGCACAUUGGAUUCAUCAA